CUUGCACUCCUCGGGAGUCCGGGGAAAGGCAGUCUUUAUUCCAGCUAUAUAUCCUACACGCAGCUUAAACUCGCUACCACACCGAUGAUUUACUCAGGGACUUACAAUGUUUGCAGUAAAACGUUUUAUUAUUUUUUAUGGGUUAGUUGAGCACGCCUGAAUAUAGACUUGUUGGUACGGUCAAUGAUUGACUGCAUUAUGAUUGUCAUGCAGAAAGCGACGGGGGUAAUUUGAAGGAGUCUUCACAGCUUCGGUGGAUUUGUUUGGUUCUACCAAAGUUGAAAAUCAGCAGGAGAACAUCAAUGAUUGAAGUGACCGAGUGCCGGGCGGUAACUUACCUUACUUGCUCAGUCGUCAGAUGGUAAAUUUACGUGCUGCAGGACUUUGGUCCACGCAAGGUCUUCUCUUAGGCAGCAAGAGGACUCCGAGCAUUGAGGAAAAAAGAAAUAAAGACAAUAUGAUGAAUGAAUGGUUGAACAUUUCUGAAUAGACUUAGUUGGAGAAAGCUUCAAGACGUUUGGGGAUUUUAUUCAAAUUCACUCUGGAACUUAUUUUCAUGUUCGCGCUCUCAGCUUUAUGACAAUGGAUUAUUUACUGUUUUUAUGCAAUUUUUUGCUGCCUGCAGCAUUAGCUGUAGAAGAAACAUUAAUGGACACAAAAUGGGCCACGACAGAACUGGCCUGGACAGCGCAUCCUGAGACGGGGUGGGAGGAGGUCAGUGGAUAUGACGACGCCAUGAACCCCAUCAGGACGUACCAGGUGUGCAACGUGCGGGAACUGAACCAGAACAACUGGCUGCGCAGCAACUUCAUCCCGCGCAAGGAUGUGCUGCGAGUCUACGUGGAAAUGAAGUUCACCGUGCGUGACUGCAACAGCAUCCCCAACAUCCCAGGCUCCUGCAAGGAGACCUUCAACCUCUUCUACUAUGAGUCGGACUCGGACUCAGCGACGGCCACCAGUCCAUUCUGGAUGGAGAACCCAUACGUCAAGGUGGACACCAUCGCCCCCGAUGAGAGCUUCUCUAUGUUGGAAUCCGGCCGUGUCAACACCAAGGUCCGCAGUUUUGGACCACUCUCCAAGGCGGGGUUCUACCUGGCCUUCCAGGAUCUGGGGGCCUGCAUGUCCCUCAUCUCCGUCCGUGUGUUCUACAAGAAGUGCUCCACCACCAUCGCCAACUUCGCCGUGUUCCCGGAGACGGCCACGGGGGCAGAAGCCACCUCUUUGGUGAUCGCCCCCGGAGUCUGUGUUCCCAACGCGCUCGAAGUGUCCGUUCCUCUCAAGCUGUACUGCAACGGAGACGGAGAAUGGAUGGUUCCGGUGGGGGCUUGCACCUGCGCAGCUGGGUUUGAGCCUGCCAUAAAGGACACUCAAUGCCAAGCUUGCAGUCCUGGAACCUUCAAGUCGAGACAAGGAGAGGACUUCUGCUCUCCCUGUCCCCCCAACAGUCGCACCAGCUCAGGGGCCUCCAACAUCUGUUCCUGCCGCAGUGGUUACUACCGUGCCGACAACGACUCCCCCGACUCUGCCUGCACCACUGUGCCCUCGGCCCCACGCAGCGUCAUCUCCAGCGUAAACGAAACAUCUUUGCUGCUGGAAUGGAGCGAGCCUCGAGAUUCAGGCAGCCGCGACGACCUGCUCUACAACAUCAUCUGCAAGAAAUGUCUGCCCGAGCAUGGUGCGUGCACACGAUGCGACGACAACGUGGACAUCUCCCCGCGCCACCUGGGCCUGACACAGCGGCGCGUGGCCGUCCGCAACCUGCAAGCCCACACGCAGUACUGCUUCGAGAUCCAGGCCGUCAACGGCGUGUCGAACAAGAGCCCGUACCCCCCGCACUUUUCCGCCGUCAACAUCACCACCAACCAGGCCGCACCAUCUGCAGUACCUACUGUUCACCUGAUGGGGGCUACAGCCAGCACCAUGAGUUUAUCCUGGUUGCCUCCAGAAAAACCCAAUGGGAUUAUCUUGGAUUAUGAGAUCAAGUACCGCGAGAAGGACCAGGGAGAGGCCAUUGCGCACACGAUGACUGCGCAGCGCAGCUCUGCCAGGAUAGAGGGCCUGAAAGCAGGAACGCCGUACAUCGUGCAGGUCCGAGCACGAACCGUUGCCGGUUAUGGCCGCUACAGCAGCCCGGCGGAUUUCAGCACCAACUUGCAGAGGGACCCGGAAAAGUCCCUGCAAGAACAGCUGCCCCUCAUCGUGGGCUCUGCCACCGCCGGUCUGGUCUUCAUCAUUGCCGUUGUUGUCAUCGCCAUUGUUUGCUUGAGGAAGCAACGCAAUGGCUCGGAGUCUGAGUAUACAGAGAAAUUACAGCAGUAUAUUACUCCUGGAAUGAAGGUUUACAUUGACCCAUUUACCUAUGAGGAUCCAAAUGAAGCUGUCCGCGAGUUUGCCAAAGAAAUUGACAUCUCCUGUGUGAAGAUCGAGGAGGUCAUCGGGGCAGGAGAGUUUGGAGAAGUCUGCCGUGGCCGACUCAAGCAGCCUGGCCGUCGGGAAAUUAUCGUGGCCAUCAAGACGCUGAAGGCGGGCUACACGGAGCGGCAGAGGCGGGACUUCCUGAGCGAGGCCAGCAUCAUGGGCCAGUUCGAUCAUCCCAACAUCAUCCGCCUGGAGGGAGUGGUCACCAAGAGCCGGCCGGUCAUGAUUGUCACAGAGUUUAUGGAGAACGGUGCGCUGGACUCAUUUCUCAGAAUGAACGAUGGGCAGUUCACCGUGAUCCAGCUGGUGGGGAUGCUGAGGGGCAUUGCAGCUGGGAUGAAGUACCUGUCUGACAUGAACUAUGUCCAUCGAGACCUUGCUGCCCGCAAUAUUCUGGUCAACAGCAACUUAGUGUGCAAGGUGUCUGACUUUGGCCUGUCCCGGUUUUUGGAGGACAACACCACAGACCCCACCUACACAAGCUCACUGGGGGGAAAGAUUCCAAUUCGCUGGACGGCACCCGAGGCCAUUUCUUACAGGAAGUUCACCUCAGCCAGUGACGUGUGGAGUUACGGAAUCGUGAUGUGGGAAGUGAUGUCAUAUGGUGAACGUCCGUACUGGGACAUGAGCAAUCAGGAUGUGAUCAAUGCCGUGGAGCAGGAUUAUCGACUGCCGCCGCCUAUGGACUGCCCGACCGCGCUCCAUCAGCUGAUGUUGGACUGCUGGGUGAAAGAGAGGAAUCUCAGGCCCAAAUUCUCGCAGAUUGUGAACACACUGGACAAGCUCAUCCGCAACGCGGCCAGCCUGAAGGUGGUCAACAGCACGCAGGCAGGGGUCUCCCAGCCCUUGCUUGACCAUUGCAUCCCAGACUUUACAACCUUCACCACUGUGGGCGAUUGGCUGGACGCCAUCAAGAUGAGCCGUUACCGUGACAACUUCAUUAACGCCGGCUUCACCUCCUUUGAUUUAGUGGCACAAAUUACUGCAGAGGACCUCCUGCGGAUAGGAGUAACAUUGGCAGGCCACCAAAAGAAAAUUUUGGGCAGCAUUCAGGACAUGAGGCUACAGAUGAACCAAACACUUCCAGUCCAAGUCUGAGAAAUAAGGGGGAGGGACUGUCCUGGAGAGAACCAAUGGGAAACCCCAGCUGCCUGACCGUCUCUGCCAAUCAGAAAACUGGCUUGCAGUGCCUCAGACAUUUCCCCACACUUCCUGUUUUUUAUGUUAGUACUGCAUUUCCACCUGAUGGACAUUUAUUAUGAUUCUUUUCUAAAUUUUUUUGGAACUCACAUCCCACGCGUGCCUCCCGGGGUCUGGCUGGGGGUGCCGUUUGCAUGCGUGUGAUUUGUGUGAUCUGUGCAGUUGGCAGCAACGUCUCCGAUUCCCUGAUCUGUACGGCUUCCACUGAUAACCCCCACCCACGUCCCCCCCAGGUUUCCCAAUCCAUCAGACAGAGACCACAUAUGGAUCACACUAAAUGCAAUUCGAAGAAAGAAAAAGGAGCAAGCACGCUUCCCUGAUUCUGAUGGUUUGCAAGGCAAGAACAGAAACCAAAAAACUCUCCAUUAGUAGCAAAUUUUUUGUGUAUAUUCCCAUCUUCAUAUUGAAGAUGCUAUAUUUAUAGGUGACAUGCCAGAGCAACAAAAGGGUGUGGAAAUGGACUCGUUUGCUCAGUCAUUGCAGGAGAGCAUGUUAGCUGGACUUGCCACAGAGCGGAACAAUCCAUGAAGACAAAGCUAAGGUUGGUUUGGAACCUCACAGGCUUUUUUCUUAGUGAUGUACAUGCAGUUUGCUUGUUUGUUUACCAGGGGUGAGUCUCCCAAAGCCUUCUUAACACUACGUUGAUGUAAGUUCUAGGUUAAAAGUAAAUUUACGAACGACGUAGCGUUAAGAGAGCUUCGGGAAACUUGACCCAGCUUUUUUUCUUUGUUUUCCUGGGAGAGUUUUCCUCUAAGGCGGCCAGUCGCUUCAGUGUGUUUCACGGGGUCACGUUCCCUCCACCAGGACUGGGUGCACUUCUGGGAGUUGAGGAUGGUGCGUCACAAAUAUGUUGACCAGGCCCCUCUGUCAUUCUUAUGUGAGAGUGUAACGGUUUGCAGAGAAAUACUGUGCAAUACAGCUUCAUAUAGGCAUUCAAACUAAAUACCUGCAUGAAUUCCGUCGUGAUAAGGAAGUCCUAUUUCCGUGAUCGUCAUUGAACCAUUAUUCCAUUAUAAACAUGCUUAUUGGAUCCAAAGUCAAGCAAGUUCUCAAGUGUAUACACAUUGUUUAUGGACUGAUUUCAAACGGAGAUACAGUUUUCUUCAAUUACAAGGAUUUACAAAAUUCAGUUCUUUGUUUGUUCAAUUGUAUUACCAGUGCAUUCGUUUCUUCCCUUUUCAGUAAACAGAAGAAAAUUACCUUAAGUUCUUUUCAUAUUUCUGUUUGUCCAAAACAGCCUGUUCACAUUUUGUAACUAAAUAGAUAAAUAACAUGCAACUAAAAUAGGUAUAUAUAAAAAGCUGAACUUUAUUAUUAUUAUUAUUAUUAUUAUUAUUUUAAAUGAGAUGCCAUUGAUGUGUCGACUGGAGGAAAAAUCAGCGAGAUAAGUUUGGGGGAGGGUUUGGUUGCAUGUUAGUGUGUCUGGGGAGGGGCAGCAAAAACAGCUUCCAUAAGAGCAAAGACCUUGCAGCUACUGAAUAUCCCAACUCUGGCUCUAUAAGUACGAGGAAAACUAUGCGGAGGAUGUUACAGUGUAACUCAUCUUUAUUAGGUUAGAUGCAAAUCCACUUCAGCCAGUAUCUACUAUGCUUAAGAGAACAUAAGGAGCGUAUUGCAGUAAAGCACUUAGCAGUACGCUUUUGUUCCCCUGAAAGUCUGGUAACAGGUGCAUAGAUACGCCGUUCCUGGACGCUGUUACUUUUCAGCUCUGUCCAGUUUGCCAUUUGAGAACCGCCCUUGUAGAUCUAGGUACUUGAUAUAGGAAGUGUUUGUGGCAGCAGAGCAGCAUCCCGCUAAACUACGGAAAAUUCCAGAGCUCAAGCCCUUUGCGUAGCCUAACGCCCCUCGGCCUUGUGGCAGCCAAGUGCAGUUUUUGACUCAUCAGCUACCCCCUGGCCCAAGCUUGUCAAAGUGAUUAACGCAGCAAGGAAUUCAGCACUUGCAGGAAUAUAUUUACAGCCAGAGACGGAUUGCUGGCCCGCGGAUAUCGGUCUUAUUUUUUGCCCGGUUGCAAUCGCCCGGUUUCAUUCUGUCUUGGGCCGAUUAGAGCGGUAGGCAGCCUGUCUGAUGUUUACAGGUUUAGCUUCAAACAUGAAAGAUGGAACAAAAGAAAGAUAACAGCUGCCUGACAUGGACAGUACAGCAUGCAGAGGGAGAGGAAGCGAACAACAGCUUCCUCUGGCUCGGCCAGUAUGGCUGUUCAGCAAGAUCCGUAAUUGUUUUUUGGAUUAACAGACACCGAUGAUAUUCUGCAUUAUCAUAGUACUUUCUUACAGGUUUCAUAAGAAUAUAUUGUUCCCGUCUAACUCCUUUCUUCACGAUCCCUAAGUUUCUUAACUUUCCGUGGGACUUUAACCACAUUAUGCAAAACCUUUGUACUCCCGAACUAAUUAGAUUCUUCAUUUCCCAGUUCAGAUAAACCAUCAUACCAUUACUUGAAUCACAUGAAAGGGCUUACUAACCCACUGAAAUUGCACCCUGUAAUUAUAAGUUAGAUUGAAUAAGCAUUGUUUACUUACAAAUUUAAAUAAAACCAAAAUAUUAACAUUAUGAAUACAAAACGCAGCACAGCAAAGGUCUGACAAUAACAGUUAUGAUCUUACAGCAUCUUGUAUCUGUUUUUACUGAAAUAUAUAUGAUAUAUAUUUUUAAAAGGUGUAAUAUCACAUUUUGAAGUCAAUACAAUGGAGAGAAAGAUAAUCUGCUUUCCCGUGUUCCUCCUCCUGUGCUGAACUGUGCUCAAAAUCUUUUUUUUUUUUUUUUUUUCUGGGGGGGGGGGUGACUAUGACAAAAUGAGCAGUGACCAGUUUCUCCUGAUGUGAUUUUAUAGAAGAAUUAUAUAGAGUUAUAUAACUUAAGGAUAUUCUUAUAUAUUUUGAAGAAAAAAAAACAAUUUUAAAAACCCCAAAUAUAAGGUAUCCUAAUAAAAGGUACUCUGAUUUUAUCGUGCUCAUAAGGCAAAAACAAAUGACACAAAUUUUAACCAAUCAAACAGCCAUUGUCCUAUUUCAACAAAAUUCAUAUUUGAUAUUACAAGGAGAAGUUCUACAAAACUGUCAUCCCUUGCUAUCCGAUCAUGGAAAAUCAUCCAGGUCAGCGUGAGCAAAAAAAUGUUUUUAUGGUUGGUAUGAGCUGCGGAAUAUGAUCCUAAAGAUGUAAGCUAAAUAUUUCUUAUUUUUCCAACACAACUAAUGGACAUUUGCGCUGCAAAACAAAUGUGAUGCAAAUGAUUUGCCAAGUGAAAAUGAAGCGCAGGAUUCUAUUCCUAAGCUACAAUGUGCAGAAUCUGCCCAUUUUUAGCAAAAAUAUUAUUAGUUUAUUUUUAUGGUUCGGUAGACCUCAAAAAUGAAUACAAAAACAAAAUCUAAAAAAAAAUUAAUAAAAAAACUUGUGUUUAAUCUUUUAUGAGGAAUAAGAAACAGUUACAUCAGACUUUAAAAUAAGUCAGAUAAACAAUUUUCUUGAAAUUUUUAAAAUGUGUAAAAAAUUGUACAUCUUGCUACUUUUUUUUCUGUUUAUACAACAGAUUGAGAAAUGCUUUCUAGUCUUUCAUCCAAUGGCUAUGAAACCUGUUGAACCUUUGUUUUGUGUAACUGUGGGCUAUACAGACUCAAAGUUAUUUUCUUGGGUGCUUGCAAACGAAUGAUGAAGGAGUUUGUGGAUAGCAGAUAAAGGUGCUGGUAUUAUGAACUGAUAUCAAAUUUCCCUCCUGUGGCAAGAGUCUUUCUUUGAUUAUAGGCUGGUUUGUGUCCAAAAUAUCUGUCUGUCCCAUUAUUUUCACAUUAUUACUUUUACAUAGUUUUUUUUUCUGUUACUGAAAGAAAUAUUGUAAGGAAUACAGUGAAAAUGUUUAUUUUCUAGUCCCUCAUCAUACACGAUGCCAGAAAGGAAAAAUGUUGAGUACUGUACCUGUAUAGUAAAGGAUAAAGAACAUUUAGAGAUGCAAUUUUUUUCUCUUUGAAAACAUUGAAAUGUAUUUAAUGUUGAAGACAAACACAAGUGGAAAAGAUGCAUUCUUGUAGAAAUAUUUUUAAAAGAUCCUUUUGCAAUUAAAUUAUUUAAGAAAUAUAUAUAUAAA